GGCGGGCCCACCACUGGAGCUAGGUCCCACUGGUGGGAGCGGUGGAGGGAGGAGGUGCAAGUUUGUUGGAUCCAAAGUUGUCCACUUGAAGUGGAACUGUGGGACCGUGCGGCUGAGCAGGCUCAGUGGGGGACGUGGUUGCCAGGUUCCCUCGACCCCGCGUCUCCGUCAGCUGCUACGAUGAGAUACGCACCAGAAUUAAAGAAAUCCCCUUCUCACCUCUUGAAGAAAUUUGCAGUGUGUGACAUUCCUCUCUACAACAUAUGUGACUACAACAUCACCAGAGACCGGUGCAAGGAACUCGGGUGCUGCUUCUACAAAGGCGUGUGCUAUGAAAAAGCGGUUCCCAUCUACGUGCAGGUGUUUUCUGCCUUGAUCGUGAUCAUUGCUGGGGCCUUUGUCAUCACUAUCAUUUACAGAGUUGUUCAGGAGAGUAGGAGAGAAAAGGAAGUCCGCACGGAACUGCUUCCGUCACCCAUGUCCAGCGAUCAAGUGGAAUUGACACUCUCCAGCGAGCAGGUGGGGUCCAAGCCUGGGAGUGCGGAGCCGUUGAACAGGAGCAAGGACAGCAAGGAGGAGGAAGAGGAUGCAACACUGACAAUAAUGGAAGAUGAAGAAACUGAGGACUGAGGUGUACGGCGGAGGCAGAGUGAAGGUUGGCAGAAACACCCAAGUGAAAUGGUCCAGCUGGCGAACCGCUGUGAAGUGUGUGAUGGAAACAGGAUCAAUGACAAGACAAUAAAGGUAUUUUAGAUGCUUCUUGUUCCGU